AUGACAUAUAAAAAGAAGGUCGGUUGUAGUAUUCUUCAUAUUGCUUGUAUGAAGUCUAAAUUAGAAAUGUGCCAAUAUAUCAUCCAACAUUAUCCAGACAUGCUUAAUCAUUUAAAUGAUAAUGGAUGGAAUGUCGCAUUAUAUGCCGCACAAGGAGGAAAUGUUGAGAUUUUAAAAUUUCUGGCAGAAAAAGGCGUCGACAUGACAUAUAAAAAUAAGGAUGGCAGUAAUAUUCUUCACAUUGCUUGUAUGAACUCUAAAUUAGAAAUGUGCCGAUAUAUCACCCAACAUUAUCCAGAGUUGCUUAAUCAGGAAGAUUACAAUGGAUGGAAUGUUGUAUUAUAUGCCACACAAGGAGGAAAUGUUGAAAUUUUAGAACUUCUGGCAGAAAAGGGCGUCGACAUGACACAUAAAAACAAGGAAGGCUGUAGUAUUCUUCAUAUUGCUUGUAACAAUUCUAAAUUAGAAAUGUGCCAAUAUAUCAUCCAACAUUAUCCAGAUAUGCUUAAGCAGGUAGCUAAUGAUGGAUUGAAUGCCGCAUUUUAUGCUGCACAAGGAGGAAAUGUAGAAAUUUUAAAACUUCUGGCGGAAAAAGGCGUCGGUCUAGCAUAG